UCCUCGUUCUUUCCAGUUCCGUCUCAUCUCUCGCGCUCGCGCCAGGGCUGGGCUCAAAACCUCCCUCCUUCUCCCGGUCCCGCACAAUUCUUUACUCCUCCGCCCACAAACUUCUUCUUCUCAAUCCACACACUCUUUUCACAACCCCGCGGAGUAAGCCUACCAUCUCGGCGCGCACCGGCGGACACAAUUCUCACAAGGCGAGUGCCUGGUAUCAAGAGCCAAUCUUGAUCAGCAGCAACUCACUCGGUCGGCACUAGAUCUAGGUGAAGAAUCCCCGUCUUUCGUUCAUUUGCCGCCACUCAAUUAUCACGAGACAAAGAUCCCUCAAGCCCCUAACACCUACCACUGACUCAAACUCACCCAAUACCGUCAUUUACCUUGUCCUUCGUUCACGAUGACCGCUCACAAUAGCACGGGGAUGAUGCGAGUCUUCCUUGUCCAGACGGCCCAGGGACUGAACCCCUCAUCGGGCGGCUACAAGGCGAACGUCAACCUCCUCCGCACCCUCAGCAACCAGGGCCACGCCACUGCCCAAAUCUGUUACGCGAUCGAGGAUGAAAUCCACCACUACGCCAGGCGUGCCGAGCUCAACGGCAUCAAGCCCAACGUCACUAAGACCGCCCUGUCCGUUGUCGACCCUGCCGGCGAGGCUCACAAACUGGUUAUCAAGACGUUCACUGACGAGUACAAUGUUCACAAUGAAGACACCCGCGACUACUUGGAGCGUGACGUAUUGACCAAGCGAAUGGCGUCCCUUGUGAAGCUCUUCUCUGACCACAUCACCGAGUUCCAGCCGACUCAUGUCAUCUUCAACGACCCGGUCACCAUGAAGAUCUCGGCAUUGCACCCCAACCGCAGCACGUUCAAGCGCAUCGACAUCAUUCACACGGCUGAACAGCUUCCCUUUGGCCCCUUUGUUGCCGGUGUUGACGGCCACUGUCUCUCUCCCACCGUUGAGAAUCGCAUGCUCCGCGAGCUUGAUGGAAUCUGGACCGUCUCAAAGGCUGUCAAAGACUACGCUUGGAACCACGGCCGGCUGAUGACCACAUUCCUUGUCCACCCUCCCAUGACGUAUCUGGAUACGGUGACGGGAGGCAUGCCUGUUAUCCGCAACAACAUUGACAAGGAAGAAAUCGGCAUGGUCAACCCCUGCCCCCACAAGGGCCUUCCGAUCCUCGUUGCUCUUGCUACCAAGUUUCCUCACCUCAACUUUGUCACCUGGAAGAGCUGGGGUUCCCAACCCGCCCACAUCGCGCAGCUCCAGGCGCUCCCCAAUGUGACGAUUGAGCCCACCACUAGAAACACAGACGAGAUUUGGGACCGCAUCAAGGUCCUCCUGGCUCCCUCUUUGUGGUAUGAGGCCUGGGGCGUCGUUGUGACUGAGGCCCAGCUGCGUGGAAUUCCUGUCAUUGCGUCCAACGCUGGUGGUCUCCCCGAGGCCAAGAUUGGCCUUCCCUAUUGCAUCCCAGUCAAGGAGGUCACGGGCCGACGCCAUGCCAACGGCGACUAUGUGGUUCCCACUCAGGAUAUCACCCCGUGGGAGAAGGCUCUCGAGAAGGUCAUGGCCGACAGGGAGGAGUACCAGGCUCUGCAGACUCUCACUGCCACCAAGUCCAGCGAGUGGCUCCGUGGUCUGUGCCCUCGUGCCCACGAGAAGUGGCUCCUCUCGAUGAUGGAGCAGAAGUAG